AUGACGCGAUUUGCUAGAGCAAAGGGUUCCAAAGCUUCCAAUGAAAAGGCACCUGAAGAUGGUACCCCAUGGGAGGUAAUGAAGGAACAGCUUCUUCAGUCAAAGAAGGAAAAUGAUGAAUCUAAAAAACGCGAAGAGGCUGAAAAGCAAAGAUUAGAGAAUUAUCAAACUUUUCUCAAAGAACAGAAAACACAGAAAAGGAAAGCUACCUGGUGCGAGUUUCCUGAGACAGAAAAAGCCAAAGUAGCUAAACUUCCAAGUAAGAAGAAAAAAUCUAAGGAAGAUAUAUCUAAAUCAGAGGCAACAGAAAACAAGAACUCAAAUGAAACUAGCAACAAUAUUACUGAUAUGAAUAAAAAACAAAAGAAAAAAAAGAAGAAGAUGAAUAAGAAUGAAAAUAAUUCCAUUACCCUUGAAGUGAAUGUAGAAAGUAGUAGUAAGAAAAAUAAAAAAUCUAAAGCUACUGUUCAAGGUGAGACGGAGGACAAUAACUCUAACAAAGUAAAUAUUAAUGAAGCAAGUACAAAUGCAACUGAGAAAUCUAACCAAACAAAUCAGCACAAUAAGUCUAUCAAAAAUCAGAAAAAAAAGAAAAAACUGUUAAAUGGGCAGCCAGUUAGACGAAAGGAAAUCAAUGAUAAUAGUUUCGAACUAAUUAUUAAUGGGAAACAAGUAGAACUGAUUAGAUUUGAUGGUUUCCCAAUCAUGAAAAAAGAUGCAGAACGGCUGCAGGAAUUAAAAAACAAUAUGAUCAAAAAGGGAAUUCCUAAAAGUGAAGUACAGAGAACCAUGAAGCUAGAGAGGCGUCGUGCUGAGAAAGCACUAUCCAGACUAAAGAGAGAUGUUUGCUACAAUUGUAGAAAGGGAGGUCAUAACCUGUCUGAUUGUCCAGAUUUGAAAUCCAAAAUACCAGGAGUUGAUGCUGCCGAUGGAGUAUGUUUUAAGUGUGGUUCAACUGAACAUAAGCAGUUUGAAUGUAAAGUACAGAAAGACAUGGAAUUCAAGUUUGCUACAUGUUUUAUAUGUAGACAACCAGGUCACAUAGCAAGACAAUGUCCUGAUAACCCAAAAGGCUUGUACCCUAAUGGAGGUGGUUGCAAAUUGUGUGGAGAUGUAACACACUUAAGGAAAGAUUGUCCUACAGCAAAUACAACAAAAGCAGAAACCAGUAUUAAACUUCAAACUCUAGACAGUGACAAUAACAUAGAAGAUAUUGGUCAACAGGGAACUGUUAAAACACAGACAGAGAGUGGAACAAGAAAGCCCAAAAAAAUCAAAUUUUAAAAACGUUUAUUGUUGAAAAUUUUAUAAUAAAAAAUGCUAUGUA